CCGGCGCCCAGAAGGUCAGCGCGUGAAGAAGGUGGUGGUAACGCGGGUGUACCCGCGGUUGCUGAGGAGCUACGGGCGAGUAGACGACCCCGGCCUGAACUGGCGGUGAGAAGCAGACGGGCAGUUUGCUGCGACACCAUGGAGGGCGGCGGGGGAAGCGGCAACAAAACCACAGGGGGCUUGGCCGGCUUUUUCGGAGCCGGCGGAGCAGGCUACUCGCACGCGGAUUUGGCCGGCGUCCCGCUAACUGGUAUGAACCCUCUGUCUCCUUAUUUAAAUGUGGAUCCACGAUAUCUCGUGCAGGAUACAGAUGAGUUUAUUUUACCCACUGGAGCUAAUAAAACCCGGGGCAGAUUUGAACUGGCCUUCUUUACCAUUGGAGGAUGUUGUAUGACAGGGGCUGCAUUUGGAGCAGUGAAUGGUCUACGGCUAGGAUUGAAGGAAACCCAGAACAUGGCCUGGUCCAAGCCAAGAAAUGUACAGAUUUUGAAUAUGGUAACUAGGCAAGGGGCGCUUUGGGCUAAUACUCUAGGUUCUCUGGCUUUGCUCUAUAGUGCAUUUGGUGUCAUCAUUGAGAAAACACGAGGUGCAGAAGAUGACCUCAACACAGUAGCAGCUGGAACUAUGACGGGCAUGUUGUAUAAAUGUACAGGUGGUCUUCGAGGGGUAGCACGAGGUGGUCUAACAGGACUAACACUUACCAGCCUCUAUGCUCUAUAUAAUAACUGGGAGCACAUGAAAGGCUCCUUGCUCCAACAGUCACUCUGAAGAUUUUGCCAACUUGUGACUAGAGGACACUUUAGUAGUUAUCCAGAUCAAUUUAUAAGUCAGUGUCGAGUUAUUCUCUCUUCUACCUACAAUUAGUUUGAAAAGUUGGGGAUUCCAGUUUGCUGUGAUGAAGAUCAUGGAUGGUUGACCAGGAUUGGCACUGCUUCCAGCCAUUAAUGAGUUGAAGCCAAAACCCUUUGGUGGCUGAGUAAUGUGGUUCUCUUCUCCUUUGAAGAAGAUCUUGCACCUGUUCUCCUACCCCCUGGACUGGAAAAUCACUUACUCCCAUAAUUCAGGCCAAGCUUGUCAUCUAUACUAUAUCACCACGUUUGUUCAUUUAAUGAUUCGAAAGUGUAAUAUUGCCCUGUAUUCGCAAUAAAGGGUGAAAUAGAACCAAAGUCAUACUCGAAUGUAAACAUAGUGGGCAUCUCCAUUAGAGGCAUCUUUCUGGGUAAAAAGUGAGUUCUUCUUGGCAUUUUUUUCUGCCCCAACUAGGCUAAAACAUGUUUUCGUGCUUGUGUUGAAAUGAAGGGCUACUGAUGGCAUUAACAGCUAGGAUAAGAUUUUUCUCCAGUGGAGUUGACACUGAACAACCUCAAGAUAUUUAUUUAUUUCAGAUUAACCAUUAUUCCAUUAGAGUAGUAUAUUAAGCAACUGGUGCUUAUUAUGAUUGGAAAAAGUAAGUUAGGACCUUUUUGGAUGCAUCUAGUAAAAGAAGGAAUUUGGCAGAAAAGCACUGAUCCUUAGCUGAGGUUCUCUAGUUGAAAAAAAAAAUAUAUUUCAUUUGCAACAGAGCAGAUUAAAAAUUAAAAGGAGUAGAUGUGAAGAGUUGGCAGAAAGACUGAAAAUGGAAGUCAGUAGUGAUACCUAUUCUUUGCUAAUUUUAGAUUCAUGAAAUUGAUAUUUUAAGUGAACAUAAAAACAUUUUAUGUUCCAGUUGUUUGAGCUGUACUCCUGACCAACGGUUAUCACAUUUAUAUGAUAGAACAUUUUGUGACAAGGUAGUUCUACAAAUACACACGACAACUAUGGCUGUUAUGCUUUUAAUGGAGGGAGGUACAAAAUGCAUCAAUGCAAAAGAAUGUUUUACAUACUCAUUAGCAUAGUGAUUAAAUUUAGGACUACAAGUGGUGUUAAGCCUCAAAAACUAUAAAGUUUCCUGCGACCUAAGAUAAUGGAAAGGCUCCUUAAGUUUUUACCACCACCUUUAUUAAAGUUCUAAAUGGUAUCAGGGUACUAAAAAAUAAUAGGAGGCUCUUUUCAGCUGUGGUUCAAGAAUUCUAAUGAAGCUGCAUGGCAAGGACACAGAUUCUGAAGUUUCCCCAAAAGGGCUUUCUAGAGGACCAUAUCACAGACUUUGAAAGUUAUUUCCAAUAACACAGGCAAGUCAAGUGGCUUAAUAUAAGUGUAAAAGCCUGGAAAGCAGCUAAGAUAUCGCAGAGAAUUUAAAAACUAUAAAUCCCAUUUCUCUCCUACAGAGAAACUUUAAAGCAUGGACAUGACUUUAAGGAUAUUGAGAAAACAUCAAUAGUUUCCAUAAAGCUUCAAUAAACACCCCAAGGCACAAGUGUUCAAAAUGGCCUGUUCACUAAAACGUCACUGCAUUAUACUUUUAGAGGUACAGAUAUACUAUGCGUGCAGUGAGAGGACGUUUCAUUUAUUCCUAGUUGAAAGCACCAGGUGUGAAGCUCAGCUUCCCUUUACACAGGAUGCACCAGUAACCCUUAGGCUAGUGAAUAUUUCAAGUACUACAUUUCCAACAUGUCUUGCCUUUUGCUCUUUAAUUAGUUGGCACUGGGGCUCUUGUGCCUGUAGUUCUUCAGAAUAGUUUGAAAGAGGCUACAACUACCCUGAAUAUAGUCUUGAAGCAAUACAGAGCCCUUCUUAAAGGAGCUCACUAGAUACUUCAAUAACAUUUAGAGAAGGGAAUCAAGACAAAAUGUGCACUAGCCGAAUUUCUUUCAAAAGAAGAAAACUAAUGUAGAAUCUAACGUGUAGGCUAAAAUGUUUUAUAAUUCAUUUCAAAACUGCCAAGAUUGUUAUACACAUUUGGUAAGAAAAAAAUCACUAUAUUGGCAAGGUUAAUUAUU